AUGCGUUUCGCUCCUCUUACCCUUUUGUGCUGCGCUCUUGUCACCGCGCUCUCUGGUGAAGAUGCGUCGGGAAAAUGGGGUGGGCCUGGGAGUGAGGGAAUAAUUCCUCAUGGGGGUCAUAGUAUUGGGAAUGGGGAUGGUGGAGGUGGCGGGAGCUGGGGCGGUUGCAACCCGGCUACGUGUGACGCUCAGUGUACCGGAUCAUGGAGCUUCCAACCACAGGCCACCUUUCCUGCUGGUCAUUAUGUGUCUUCUGUUGCAGUGGGCGACUUCAAUAAAGAUGGCCAUCUUGAUUUUGUGACUGCGAAUAGCGGCGACGCUGAAUUAGGAGUCUUCCUCGGGACGGGAUCAGGAAGUUUCCAGGCGGAGACUAACUUGUCUGUGAGGAACUUUGUAAAUAGCGUGGCAGUGGGCGACUUCAACGAAGAUGGCCAUCUCGAUAUCGUGGCUGCGAUUGUCAACGACAUCGUAGGAGUCUUCCUCGGGACGGGAUCAGGAAGUUUCCAGGCGGAGACCACCUUCCCUGUAGGGUCCGAACCAAAUAGCGUUGCAGUGGGCGACUUCAACAGAGAUGGCCAUCUCGAUAUCGUGACUGCGAAUUUAAACGACAGUACCGUGAGCGUCUUGCUCGGGACGGGAUCAGGAAGUUUCCAGGCACAGGCUAAAUUCGCUGUGGGGACCUUUCCAUGGAGCGUUGCAGUGGGCGACUUCAACAGAGAUGGCCAUCUCGAUAUCGUGACUGCGAAUUUUAAGGACAGAACCGUGAGCGUCUUACUCGGGACGGGAUCAGGAAGUUUCCAGGCGCAGACUACCUUCCCUGUGGGGAUCGAUCCAGUUAGCGUUGCAGUGGGCGACUUCAACGGAGAUGGCCAUCUCGAUAUCGUGACUGCGAAUGGCGGCGACGGUAACGUAGGAGUCUUGCUCGGGACGGGAUCAGGAAGUUUCCAGGCGCAGAUCACCUUCCCUGUGGGGUCCAGUCCGUCGGGUGUUGCAGUGGGCGACUUUAACGGAGAUGGGCAUCUCGAUAUCGUGACUGCGAAUACCGACAACGCUACCGUGAGCGUCUUGCUCGGGACAGGAUCAGGAAGUUUCCAGGCACAGCUUACAUUCGCUGUGGGAUCCAAUCCGCUUGCUGUUGCAGUGGGCGACUUCAACGGAGAUGGCUUGCUCGAUGUCGUGGCUGCGAAUUCUGAAAGCCAGACCGUGAGCAUCUUACUUGGGACUUGCGCGACUAACUAG